UCAGUGAGUGUUGAGCUCAGGCUGAAUCAUGUCUGUAGUCAGGACUGUGCUGCUGCUCUGGGUCUGUGUAGGUCCAUGGGUCAGUACUUAUGGCGCUCUGGUUAUCUCUAGGGACACCAAAGUGCAGGACAAUCCUGACAGGACCAGACAUAUUACGAAACGCAGUGUCAGUGAUGUAGAGAUUGAAGUGCAGAGCAUGAAGGUGGACUGCAAGGUGGCGUCUCGCUUUGCUCACACGGUCAUGACCACAGUGGCAAAGAACAAGGGCAACUCAUCAAAGGAAAUAUUCUUUGAAGUGGACCUUCCAAAGACUGCUUUCAUCACCAACUUCAGCAUGGAGAUAGAUGGAGAGACCUACGUGGGAGAGGUGAAGGAGAAGGAGAAGGCCAAGAAGCAGUAUGAAAAGGCCGUGUCUUCAGGACAGACCGCUGGACUGGUCAAGGCAUCAGGCAGAAAGAUGGAGAAAUUCUCCGUUUCAGUGAACAUUGCGGCCUACAGCAACGUCACAUUCACACUGACCUAUGAGGAGCUGCUGAAGCGGCGGUUGGGCAAAUAUGAGAUUAUGACCCGGGUCAAGCCCAACCAGUUAGUUCAGAAUUUUGAGAUUGUGGCAGACAUCUACGAGCCUCAAGGAAUUGCCUUCCUGGAUGCUUAUGGGACAUUUAUUACCAAUGAGCUACUGCCCCUGGUAGAGAAAACUGUGACUGACAAAAAGGCUCAUGUGUCCUUCAGUCCAACACUGGACCAGCAGAGGAAAUGCCCUGACUGUGACGGCACUCUGAUCGAUGGGGACUUCCUCAUAAAGUAUGAUGUGAACCGUGCUGAAAGUUUUGGCGACAUUCAGAUAGUUAAUGGCUACUUUGUGCAUUAUUUUGCACCUGCUGACUUGCCCCGAGUUCCCAAAAAUGUCAUGUUUGUGAUAGACAUCAGUGGAUCAAUGAGUGGUCAGAAAAUGGACCAGACGAGAAAGGCUUUGUUGACCAUCUUGAAUGAGCUGCAUGAAGAUGACUACUUUGGACUGGUUCUAUUUGAUGACAACAUUGAACCGUGGAGGCCAUCCCUGACCAAGGCCACAGAGGGAAAUGUGACAGCGGCAAAGGAAUUUGUCAAAACUAUUGAGGAUAGAGGCACUACAAACAUCAAUGAUGCAGUUCUCAAAGCAGUGGAAAUGCUGAUCACAGACACACAACAGAACCUGCUCCCAGAGAAUAGUGUAUCUAUGGUCAUCCUACUUACAGAUGGACAACCCACUGCUGGAGAGACAGACACUGUGGUAAUCAAGGAGAACGUCCAGGCAGCCAUUGACAAUAACGUGACCCUGUUCUGCCUGGGCUUCGGUUACGACCUGGACUACGGCUUUCUGGAUUCCAUGGCAAAGCAGAAUGACGGACUGGCCCGCAGGAUCUAUGAGGCAUCAGAUGCGGCUGUGCAGCUGCAGGGAUUUUAUGAGGAGGUGGCCAGUCCCCUUCUCUCUGAUGUGCACUUCAGAUACCCUGAAGACGUGGUAAACUCCCUCACCAACAGUCACUUUAAGCAGCUUUUCAAUGGCUCCGAGAUUGUGGUGGCGGGACAACUGAAUGAAAAUGAUGUGGAAAACUUCCUCAUAGAAGUGUCAGCACAUGGGGUGGACGAGUAUGUGAUCCAGGGCCAGGCCACAGCCCAGGAGUGGGACAUCAUUUUCCCAGACCAGGAGUACAUCUUUGGGGAGUUUACAGAGCGCCUGUGGGCCUACCUCACCAUUGAGCAGCUCCUGGACAGGAAAGAUAAAGGUUCACCAGAGGAAAGGGCCAAUGCUACUGCAGAGGCUCUGGACCUUUCCCUCAAGUACAGCUUCGUCACUCCCCUCACAUCCAUGGUGGUCACAAAGCCAGAGAACGAGGAAAAUCCAGAUGAUGUACUCAUCGCAGACAAACUCACCGAGGACCAGAGAGUUGGCCCUCAUCCCCAAGCAGGUGUGUUAUAUGCAGGUGGUCAACCUCUUGCCUUCCUCAGAGUGGGCUCUGCAUCCUAUCCUCCAUCAUCUUAUUUCGAUGACUCCUAUCCUCUUGUGGAUGGAGACCCUCAUUUCAUCAUUGAGUUGCCAGAGAAGAAUGAUGCCCUGUGUUUUAACAUCAACGACGAACCAGGCACUGUUCUAAACCUGGUGAGAGAUCCUGAGCUUGGUAUUGUGGUGAAUGGUGAAACCAUUGGGGACAAGAAGACGGAUUCUGGGAGCAGAGUGAACACAUACUUUGGUCGCUUUGGUAUAGUUCAUGAGAAGUUAGGCGUCAGGCUGAUGGUGAGCACAAAAGAGAUAUCUGUUGCCCAGGACAGCAGAAUGGUCAAACUUCAGUGGUCCCACUCAGCUUCCGUUAAAGGUGCCAACAUAGACCUGCAUAUCACAAAGGAUCGUAGUCUGACGGUGACUCUGAAAGACUCUGUGAAGUUUGUCAUCAUUCUGCACAAGGUGUGGAAGAAGCACCCGUACCACCAGGACUACUUGGGGUUCUACACCAUAGACAGCCACCUACUCUCCCCCAGGGUCCACGGACUGCUGGGUAAGAAGUGGCCUGGGAACUUAAAGGAUUCUCAUGACCUUGAUUGCUCAUUGUGCCCCGCUUCAAUGUUCAUUAAGGGGAACAAACUAACUGUGACCAGAGGCUGGCAGAGAGACUUCCGUAGAGAUGUGAAGAACGGAGAGAAAGUGCCCUGCUGGUUUGUACACAACAAUGGAACUGGACUCAUCGAUGGGAGCCCUGAGGACUAUGUGGUGUCCAGCCUUAUCUAGCUCGGUAAAAAAAUAACCUCUAUGUAAAAAGGACCAAGCACUCGUAUCCAAAACUAAAAUAACAGAAAAUACAUGAAUUUGUCUCUUCAAGGUAAUGUCAAAAUGAUUACUGUAUAAGUGAAUAAAUGAAUGGAGCGCAGAGUAUUUAGUGAUAUAAGAAAGGACAAAUGUAAAAGGCGAUGGCAUAUAGUAGACAGUAUUUAUGUAUGAGAUAAAAAGUAAAUGAUUUUUUAUGUGUUACGACGCUUUCCACAAUGUCA